AUGGCCGCCUCUCUCUCGGGUCUCUCUGCCUCCGUUACCCGCAUUCUCUAUCUCACUGGCUUUCCAAAGGAGCUCAAAACAAAGGACAUCCAGGCUGCCUUUGCUGACUACGAGAAUGCCUCUGGUGGCUUCAAGAUAAAGUGGAGGGACGACACCAGUCUCCUCAUCGUCUUCCACGACGCCGCUGUCGCGAAGCGCGCUUAUCUCAACACCGUCGCUUUCCCCCCGCCUAUUCUCACUUCUUCAGCACCUGGUCUCUCGGUCUCUAUCAGGCCCUACGAUGGCCCUGAUGCCCAGGCAGUAAUACAGAACGUCAACUCACGCGGACAGCACAACUCCAACCCGUCUCGCACCCACAAUCCCCGUGCCGCCUCUGUGUCCGUUUUCCCCAAUUCUCGCUCCUCUUCCAACUCCAACGCCCACCCAAACAACUCCGCCAACCACCACUCUCGUAACAACCAUUCUACCGCCACCGCUCAGCACAUUCCGCCCUUGACAGAGCGUUCAGAGGGUCAGCCAUCUCCAACCCUCCCCUCUCUUCCAUCACACCCAACCCUCAACGCCCUCAUAAGCUCCUCUCUCGGCGAGGCAGUCGCUGGUACCAAUCCAAGUCUUCCUGCAGACCCUGCAAUUCUCACCACGAGCUUGCAACAGCAGCACGAGUCCCUAAGCGGACCUAGAAUUGGCGAUCCCGGCAAACGCAUGCUAGGUGCUGCCUUGGGAGUAAGGCACCCUGCUCUCGGGCCCAGGAUGGUUAAUGGAGGUGGAGGUGCUAGCCCAGGCCCUGCCCAAGGGAAUGGCGUUGACCACAUGCGGGACAUGCAGAGGGCAAUGGGAGGUCUCGUUGUUGCCGAGUAA